UAUCUUUAAACACGAAAACGCACCGUUUCGAAUUGAAGGAGAGACUUACAAGACGCUGAUCAUCGCUGUCUGAUCUCGGCUCCCCCUAGAAUUUCGUCUUCUUCCUCGCAACAAGAUUUACUUCUUUCUCUCUCCGAGCCCAAAAAUGGCAACUUCAACAGCAUCGAAGCGAUGGCUUGGCAGUCUACCAUCGACAGCAUCGCGCGUAUAUUUUUUCUUAAUCAUACUUCAAGUCCCUCUCUUCAGGGUCCCAUGCAGAUCUGGUAUGUGCAUGACACCGAUCCAUGUUACAUCAUCCCAGUUGAUUGCUAGUGAGAUCUUUCCAGUUCCUGUAAUUAAGUCCCUCCUUUACCCUGGAGCUAUUGUGCAUGGCCUUGUCACAAACAUGACUAUUCCAAGUUGGGAAAAUCUGUUAAACAUCUAUAACCUGACCAAUGUGAAGGAAGCUCCUCCAGUUACUGAUCUCCAGCGUUUAGAGGUUCUUGCGGGAAGCUACUUCUCUGUGGCAGGAGCACUUGUGGGAAUUCUGAAACCGGGGAGGAUGAGCAUGUUUGGAACUCUUCUGGUAACUUGGGGUCUGAUCAAGGAAGGGAUUUUGGGGAAGCCGGCAAAUACAGAUCCUAGUAAAGCUCUUUAUGUCUAUCCAACUAUGUUGGUAGCUCUUGUCUGUGCCUUCUCAUCUAUAAAGUACGAUACAAAGAAGGUGAUGAGAAGCACACCAGCUCGUGCAGUUGCUAGGCCCCUCCAGAGCUCGUCAAAAUCUAAGCUGAAAUAAGUUAAAAAUGUAGUAUCCUUGGAGUGCAAAAAACAAUCCCCAUUUUGUUAUAUUCUUAUCAAAAAUCAACACUACGAAUUUUUUCUUAUGACCAAAAGGUGUUAAAAUUAGUGUAAAAUUUUCUGUUUAUUUUGUUGCCACUGGGUUACUUGUAAGAAGGCAUCGUUGAUAACUUUGCUUUGCCAGAGAGUUUAUGGAUGAAUGAAAUUUACUUCUUUUGUCUAAA